GCGGAGGGAGUGCUUUACCGCAGUAUCACUACAUUUCUGCACCACUCAUCAAAACUCUGCGGCAUGCAGACUAGAGCUUGGGGGGAGGGCACUUAUUAUUAGGUCUGUCCUGCUGCUCUCUCAUCAGACAGGCCACUGUACAGUUUUUCACUUUCAUUUCUAACCAUCUGUUUUGCACUGGGCGUUCGGGUCCAUCACUUCUCUGCUUUUGUUUUUUGUUGUUUUUUUGUUUUUUUACAUAUAUAGAUAUAUAUUCUUUCUUUUUCUAACCGGUGUCGGGGCAAUUGUUGCAACCUUGCCUGCAGAACAAUUUUUAUCGCAACUUCUAGAGGCGAGGAAAACAACAAACACAUUUAGGACAAGAUGGCAAAGGACGGAGAAAAAGGCGAAUGGAAAGAGUUUCUGUGGAACCCGAGGACCAGGGAGUUUCUGGGCAGAACGGCGAGCAGCUGGGGCCUCAUCAUUCUGUUCUACAUCAUUUUCUACCUCUUCCUGGGGGGCCUGUUUACUCUGACCAUGUACAUCAUGCUGCAGACCCUGGAUGACCACAAACCCACUUGGCAGGACCGCCUUUCCACACCAGGUUUAGUGAUCAGACCCCAUCAGGACGAAACCUUCGAGAUAGUUUACACCAUCCAGAACACCGAGAGCUGGGAUAUGUACGCUCAGGCCCUGGACAAGUUCCUGUCACCUUACAACGACUCCAUCCAGGCCCAGAAGAACCACGAGUGCACUCCGGAGCAGUACUUCCUGCAGGAGGACAGCGGCGAUGUGAAGAACAACCCCAAGCGCUCCUGUCAGUUCAACCGAACCGUUCUGGAAGAGUGCUCUGGACUCCACGACCGUUACUAUGGAUACCAGGAGGGCAAGCCGUGCAUCAUCAUCAAGCUGAAUCGGGUGAUUGGAAUGAUGCCAGGAAAGGACGGACAGGCUCCGUCUGUCACCUGUGGCGCAAAGAAAUACAGAGUUGGCAAAGAUGAAUGGAGAGACGACUCUGACAAAAUCGGAGAUAUGAUUUACUUCCCUUCAAAUGGCACUUUUGAUCUAAUGUACUACCCUUACUAUGGCAAGAAAGCUCAGGUGAACUACUCUCAGCCUUUGGUCGCUGUCAAGUUCCUUAACAUCACCGUCAAUCAAGACGUCAACAUCGAGUGCAAGAUCCACGCCAACAACAUUCCCACUGGAAAUGAAAGAGACAAGUUUGCUGGUAGAGUGUCUUUCAAGCUGAGGAUCAACUCCCAAAACUAGGCUGACCCCAAAUGAAAACUUUUCUCCCCUUUCUCCUUCCCCUCUCCCCCCAUCUUCUGCACCGCUGCACAUACACAGAAAAAUAAACCCGCAGUAUUCACAUCCUUCAUGUGAUUCGAUUGCACCCUGCUCCAGUUUUCUUCUUUUUUUUUUAGGGGGAAAGGGGGAUUGUAUGACAGGGUAAAUUGAGCACGAGAGGGUGGUGAUGCUGUCCUUGUUUCUGUCGGUGAGCGUUCAGACAAAUGAUUUUCUGUAAAUUAGUUUGCGGUGACCUCUAUUUAUACUGCAUGACAAACUAGGAGAUAUAAAACAGGAUGUGUUUUCGAAAUCUGCAAGCAACCUCACCACGUUUACAGUGUUGCUGCUCACCUCCCGCUGCCUCCUUCGAGAGUAUUCCUACUAUAUAUCUGAAUAUACACAGACUACAAUACAAACGGUGUAUAUCUACAGUAUUUAUACGGCAUCAUAACCUUAUAUCGGUCUGUCUGUUCUGUUGCACUUAAAAGAGUACUCCAACAAACCUGCAUUUUUCUGAAUAGAUGGAUGCAGAGAUGAAGCCAUUUGCAUGUGUGUGCUGUUUAUGUGUGCUUUGAAGGCACAUUGUUUCCCACCGCUCCAUUCUAGUCAACUAAGGACAGGUUAAGUAACUGACCACCAGGAGGGACCACAAUACAAGCUUUGACCCUCAUGCACUCCAAGUGUGUGUGUGUUUUUGGAAGCAUAUCUCCCCCCAAAAAUGCUUGAAUGGAUGUUUUUUGUUGUUGUGUGUGAGCGUCUGCAUUUCAUUUACAGAUCCCAUUUCUAAUUGUAGGUCGGGAAGUUGCAUGCAAUGUGCAAUAUUCAUUAAGUGGCAUACAUUAUGAAUGCUCGCAUCCAUUCAUCAGAUGGCUCCUGUUACAGAUCAUUCACACUGGAUAUUUAAACUUUGAACUCAGAGCAGCUGCUAACAAAACAAACAGGAACAAUAUCUGGUGUGGUUUUAACACUGAGUUGAUUAUGAAAAGACAAAUCUGUGCAAAACUUUUUUAAGGCUUGUCCAAUAGAUAAUCAGAAUUAGCUUAUUAAAGGUUGUUUUUUUCCUAGCCAACUUCCUAAGAUAAAUUUAACUCAUUUCCAGCAUAUAUUCAGUUUUUAGUGUUGUUUCAUUUCUUCUCACUGUACAGUUUCAUUUAAAGAUAAAUCCAAAGCUAUAUGUCUGGUGUAAUUUAUUUAUUCAAACCUAAAUAUUUAGUUUUCUGUCUCUUUUUGUUGUUGAGUGAUUUGCAUCUAUUUCCUUAAUACCAGGAAUAGAUGUCAAUGUCAAUUUUUUUUAUUGUUUUGCACUGGAAGUGUGCUUUUUAUUCCUUCUUUUGUGAAGCUGAGUUGAUUUAAUAAAAGCACUUGCAUUUUUUUUGGAGGCGGGUGUAGACAGCUUUUUUUUUGGGAUUUUUUGUUGUUGUUGUUGUUCCCUGCUAUCUUUUCCACACUCAUCAUCACUAUUCAGGAUAUUGAUCUUGAACAUUCCCAUGACUUGCUUACAUCCUCACGAGCUCAUGGGAGAAAAUACUCAAUAAGCUUUUAGAUGUACAGUGACCACAUGUAGAUUUAUUAGUUUGUUUUGUUGUUUCAUUCUGUGCUGUACAAGAGAAAAAUCCUCAUGAUGAAUAUCUAAGUAUCAACUCCAUUAAAAGUCAUUUAUCAUGCCUGAGUUUUGGUGCGCAUCCACUCCGCUGUGCCGUCCCACAAACCUGCCUGAAAGAUUAAAUAUUAUUCUGACAAAUCUAUAAAAACUCAACUGUAAUAUUGUCCAGCAUGUACAGCGCCCUAAACAAUUGCCUACCUUAGAAAGGAGAUGUUGCUACAGACACUUGGUGACCAUAUGAUUCCUCCUGGUCUGUUACAGCUACAUCCUGACUUUUUCAGAUCAACACACCAUCUGCUGCUUUUGAACGGUAGUGGCUUUGAGAAAUGUAUCUCUAGAAGUUAUGGGUUGCAAAAAACUUUUUUUUUUUUGUAGCAUAAAUAACUUAAAUCACUUCUUCUGAAGUAAUAAGGAAUUUCAUUUGAUAAACUUUCCUGAUAUGUAUGGAAAAACAAAAAUUGAAUAGGAAAACAUAGUUAGACUUCUGGAUUUUAUAUCACGUCUAAAAGAUACAAAUCUCAAUUCCUGACACAUGAAGGUCAAAACCAAUCACAGAAUGUUAUACUGUGGGUAAAAAAGGCCUUACAUGUAUUUAGGUGACCAAGGAAAAAAAGAAACGUGGACUACAAAUUAAAAGUUCCUGGUGAUCUGAUCCACUUACGUAAACAAGCUUCACAGGAACUAUUAGUAUUACCGCUAAUUGUGGCGCCAUCAUAAUGUAAUCAAAUUCAAAGUUGGCUUUUUUGUUUCUGUUUUACAUUUCUUAAUGCCAUAAUAUGAAACUAUUUAUUUAUUUAUUUUAGGGGUUUUUGCUAAUUUUUACUAGUGGCACCAAAAUAGGGUGGAUGCUCUUAACAGAAACCCAAGUAAGUAUGACCUGACUCUGCUUGUCUAUAUUAUUGUUCUCACAGAGGUCCAAACAGAACCUUUUAUCUGAGCCUAGAGGGAUACGUACAUUGAACCAUUAAUAAUCUAAUUUUUUAUCUAAGAUCCUAAUUCAACAAGAUGUGCUUUGUCGUGCUCUUCUCUUUUAGCUUUUUGGGACCUCACUGCGGGAUUCAGAUGCACUCUUCUUCUGGCCUGCUUUCAGCUCUUACUUAAUUUCAUUGUAAUCUCUUAAUCUGGUCAACUAAUCCAAAGCAGGCACGCUGAACUUCUUUACCCUACUUUGUCGUUCAUGCACCGAGCAUCAAAUGCCCAGUUCAUGGCUUUAGAGCUGCGCUCUUAUUCUAGCUUUUUCAUACUUUCAAACCCACAUCCAGUCAAUACUGCAAUCCCUCUGGUCAAAUGUUUGGUUUCAUCUGUCAAUUUCACUCUUUUUUUCUUGUCAUUCAUACUUGAAUAUUACUCCUUCUGCCAAAGAUAUUAAUCACAAUUUACACUCCAUCUGUUUUUGCAGUUCGGAUAGAUGCACGCUUGCUGGUCUGAGCAAAAAUCUCACCCACAGAAUCAUAAAGGCCUCUCGUCAUACAAUAAUAGAUACGCACACAAGUGGAAAACGUUUCCCUGCAGCAAAACAGUGCCUCCUGGUGGACAGACAUCUUUGUCCUCCAGUUACACAGAAUGUUCUUUCCUGCUAUCUCAAUUUAUCCCUUUAUUUUUUCCUGUGCUAAUUUGGAGAUGUUAUCAAAGAGCAAUAUAUAUUUAUCUCCUGUGCAAAUGUGUGAUUGUUUAGAGGAACGGUAACAUUCGGUACGUUCAAGAGCAAGAGGGAAAGAAGGAACACGUUUGUGCGCAGCCAAUAUAUGAAAACGUGAAUAAUAAAAUGCUUCGUGAAUGAAAGAGUAUUUUUGCUGUAACGAGAUGAGAAUGUAAGGUUUGAACUGUAUUGUGUAACAAAAGCUACAUGAAGAGGUUUCAUCAUUUAGUUAAACAAAAAGGCCAACAUGCCAGAAAUUUGUUUAGACUUGCAUUUUGGUUUAAUGUUUUUAACAUCUGUUUGAGUCUGUCUUUUUCUGUUUAAUUAAUAUUUUUGAAAAAUAGCUUUUAAAGCUUGCAAUCAAAGUUCUGACAGGACUUUAACCCUCAAAGCACUUUCAGAAACUGCAAAGCUGCACAGUGUGAAGUGUGAGAGAGAAAUUCAUGAUUCAAGCAGUAAGUAAAUAUGAGAGAUAUCAUCACCCACACCUACCUUCUUAAAGUUGCACUGUUGCUAUGAUUGUGGUUUAAAGAAUUGUCCUAAAAUAUACAUUUAUGAAAAAAUAAAAAAUAAAUGAUCCUGGAUCCAUAUUUUUGGCUCUUACCUUAUGUCUAUUUUUGGUCAUGUUUAAGUCAAGACAAAAAAUAAAUAAAGAAACGUCAUUUAAGGGAA